CUCCUCCAUUAACCUGUUCCAUGCUCCUAAGGCACGCAGGUUAAAGAUAGCAGUUCUGGGGGAGGGAGCCAGCUCUGUGUGGGCUUCAUGACAUCAAACUGCUAAGUGAUGUGAGGUUUUUUUUCUCCUAGCUCCUAAAUCGGACUGGCUUGCAUCAAGGAGAGAGUGCUGAGCACGGGGGGCUGCUUUCCUCGGAUUGUUACUCUGCGGAUUGCAUCCGGCUCCCCCCCCCCCCCAUCAAUAUUUAAUGCCCUUCUCCUCAGAGCAGUGAGAUAAUGCAAUGAGCGCAGGCGGCGGGGAAGGUGCAGCGAGUGAGACACGCAGUGGAGCCGGAGCUGACUGAGCUGGGAAGGAACCGCCGGUACAUGCAGUUCCUCGACCCCUCUGUAUAAUAAAGCAUGUCCUCCCUAGCCCACGGGGCCGCCACCUCCGUCCUCGAAAGGGCAGUCGGGGAGGAGGACGCGGGAGGAUGAGGGGAGACAGCCGGCCAGAGCAGAGGAGGAGGAGGCGGAGGAAAAGAAGAAGAAGAGGGGUGCAAGAGAGGGAGGCAGGAGUAGAGGCCUUUGCGGAGGAUGAAGUGGGGAGUCCGGGGAGCCUGCGCCGCGCUCUCCAGCUGCCUCCUGCUCGCCUGUGCCCUGAGCGCGGCCGCCGUGGGCCUCAAGUGCUUCUCUCUGGGUUCUGAACUGAAGGGGGAGCCGUUCCGCCUGGGCACGGCCGCCGGCGCCUUCUACUCUGGGCUGCUGCUCUCCGCCGGCCUCUCCCUCUUGGGCUCCGCCCUUAUCUGCUGCCGGGAGGACUCGUCUGGGGAGAGCCGUGCGGGAAGCCAGAACUUCCUGCUCCUCGGAGUGUUAGUGUUCAUGCUGGGGGUGCUGAGCGCCUUCGCUGGGGCGGUGAUAGACGGGGAUACUGUGUCAUUGGUGGAAAGGAAGUACUCGCACUACUGCCUGCAGCAGGGGGUCGGCAGCCCCACCACUAAGUGCCAGAAGUUAAAGGAUUACCAGCGGGGCUUGGUCAUCUCCACCAUUUUUAACUCCCUGGAGUGCCUGCUGGGGCUUCUCAACCUGCUUCUAGUCAAGAACUACAAGUCCUCCCAGCAGCGCAGGCGGCGGCGGAGGAGGAGAUGUGGAGGGAGGAGGCGCUUUCAGAGGCACAGCCAGGGCUCUAUCUUCUCCAACGAGGAGCACGACUACUCCCCUGGGGACUUUCCCUUUCAGUCUGUCUCCUACAUCAACGUGGGGGUCUUUCACCUGUUUGAUGAGGCCGGGGUUGAGGUGCACUGUGGGGGACACCCUUCCAUAGAGCUGCCUGGUUACUCCCCCAUGGACCCUGACUUGAACCCAUCCUACCCCUACUGCUACCCUCUGCCUAAUGAGCAACCCCCUCCCUAUGAUGAGAUUUACCCCAGUACAGAAAUCUGCAGCAGCAGCACCACAGCCACUACAUAACUACUGUGUGGGGAGCAGCCUCUGCACAGCUCAGACUUGUGUACAGGGAUCAAGCUCCUACCGCUCUGUGAUAUGCACUGACAAUCAGAAUGCCUGAAAAUGGGACAGGGACAUACCGAUUCGUGACACUGUCAUUUACAUGGAUGUGUUCAGAAAAAAAACGCAAAUGCUAUUGCACAAUGCUCCCGACCAAUGUAUGUGCUUGGGGUGAAAGGCCAAAUAUGCUGCCAGUUGGAUGUGUGCCUGUGUGUGAGUGCGAGGUGUCUUUUACAAAGAUGCACUGUAAUCAUCUAACUUUCAUUUGCCCAGGGUCUGCUUUUCUGGGGGGGAGUACCAUUAUAAAGCACCUCCAUUUUCAAAAAUUGGGAUGUUAAAGUUGAUGCCUUACUGCUAUUGUUGCAUCACAUCCCCCAGCACUGUUUGCUGAAGGGCAGUCUGGGAGAGAUGCAAAUCACAGUCAAGAACAGCUUGAAGGCAGCACAACCCUACUGUAAGAUUCUUGUUCCUGUCAACAUGGAAAAGAACCCAUACCCAUGCCCCCAGAAAAACACAACCCUCGUUUUUAUUUACAAUAUAUGUUACACAUGGACUCAGUAGCAAAGACCAUGGAUCAAUCAGUAUUUUUCCUCCUUUUCAUAUUUAUUUUGUCACGCUAGUGUAAAACUAAAUUUUGCUCUUCGUCACUAUUGCCAUGGUUACAGUGUCUAGCUAUAAAAUCAUUAUGUCAGUAGAAAAGGGAUUUUUAUUUUCUUCAAUGUCGGUUGAUGAGAUUACUCAUCUUUAUCAAAUCUCAGAGAUCUAAUCGGUAAAGGCUUCUGAUAUUGGCAAUCCUCCUACCAUAUUUUUUUUCCUCCUGUUAAUGAAUCAUCCAAUAAUUGUUUUAUAGCUUGCGAAAGCAAGCCGACUGCCACAAAUGUGAUUUCAUAUGCAAGGAACGAGAACUGCACAAAGCUCCCCUGGCUCUAAAAGAUUCAUUUUGGUACCAAACGCAUGAGAGAUCUGGUUCCCUUAAACUCUUUCACAGCCCUUAUGGGACUUACAAUGCAGUGUCAAGCGACUAGUAGCAGGCCCAUUGGGAAUCUGUAGAAUUGAUACAGCCUUUUGGGGAAAGCUUUCAGUUUACAGCCUUGGGAAUUUUCUAUCGACACAAGAAUUUUGGUUUCUCCCUUCUCAUUUUAAUGUAAAAGCUGCACUUUGAAAAGAAAACCUAAUACUAUAUUACCUUUUUUUACACUUGAGGUGCCUGCCUGUUAAUAACGUGGUAAGAGCUUUCACACAUUGAAGCUCACAACUAAAAAUGCAAUAUAGAAAAGUAAGUUAUACACCCCUUUUUAAACUUGUUAGAGAACAUAAAGAGUAAUAUAUUCUGUAGGUUGCAGAGACAUGGCCAGUAAAUAAGGCACUUUAUGAGUUAUUAGAGUAUUCCUUUUAUAAAAAAAAAAAUGGAAAAGAUAUUUUUAAUGAUUUAGAAACUAAAAAUAAAGUUCUCAGCUCUUUAUUUUACUAUUCAAUACUUUCAUAAUAGUAGUAAACAUUCAUGGUUUCAGCACUAUUAAUUCUGCACCCAUGUAUAAUUAUUUAUGAGGUGAAUGUAUUUCAUGUUAUUGCAUGAAGGCAGAUCCAAAGUCUGUGUGCCACAUAGAAAUAUGGCCAUUCUAUUUAUUACAUCAUUAUUAGAAUCAUUAAAACCAUGUUGCAUGAUUUAGUUAUUUAUUGCAAAUUAAAAUGAUAACUGCACUUUUAUUUGAAUGCUGUUAAUAUUUGUUACAUGCCUAUGGUGUUCCAACAUUUUCUGUAUGUUUGUAAAUGGUUCAGAAAUUAUGAGAGAUCAAUUUGUUCUGCAGGUAUAGGAUCUAUUAUCCGGAAUGCUUGGAACUGGGGGUUUCUGGAUAAGGAAUCUUUCUGUGAUUUGAAUCGCCAUACCUUAAGUCUGCUAAAAAUCAUUUAAACAUUAAAUAAACCCAAUAGGAUUUUGCCUCCAA